AUUGGACUAAGUUAAGCGAGUUUUCCUGUGCGCUAGGGAACAGAGUUUUAGCACCCGGGGUCCCUAACGGGUGCCACCAGUGAAAUUAUGAGAAUCCGCCUGAGAUGUGCGGUUGUGAUCGCUCCGCUACUGUUGCAAGUCGCCCUUGUGUGCAGCAAAGCGUUGGACCAGAAUAAUCAGUUGGCACUGCAGCCACAAUGGCAGGGUCAAGCACAAACUGAGGGUAUUCAGAAGAGAUAUGAUCCGUCAGCGGAGGCUGAUGGUCACCACGAGAAGGGAUACUGGAAGAAAAAAUUGAUAUGGAAACCUGGAUGGAAGAAGAUUUGGCAGAAAGCCCAUAAGCAAAUAUGGAAGCCCGGAUGGAAGAAAAUUUGGAAGCCAAUUUGGGUGCCGACAAAACGCUCUGUAUGGAAGGAAAUACAAGUACCAGACUGGAAGAAAAUUUGGAAGCCCGUCUGGAAGGAGAUAAAAGUGCCGGUUUGGAAGGAAAUCAAAGUACCAGCUUGGAAAAAAGUUUAUAAGCCACUGUGGCAGCCUAUAAAAGUGCCGGCUUGGAAGGACAUUCAAGUACCCGAUUGGAAGAAAAUUUGGAAGCCAGUUUGGCGUGAAAUUCAGGUGCCAGCGUGGAAGGAAAUUCAGGUUCCAGCUUGGAAAAAGAAGUUUAAACCAGAAUGGAUUAAAGUUGGAAUACCCGGAGAGCAGCAUUUGGGGACUGAUCCACACGGCUGGGAGUACACAAGCCACGACUUGUGGAAGAAAAAAUUAAUCUGGAAGCCAAUUUGGGUGAAGUACUGGAAGCCCGCGAAAAAACAGAUAUGGAUACCCGACAAAAAAUUGGAGUGGAAGGAGGCGUGGAAGCAAAUUUGGAAACCAGCUAAAAAACAGAUAUGGGUUGAAGACAAGAAGCUCGUUUGGAAAGAGGAGUGGAAGCAGAUAUGGAAACCAGGGAAAAAGCUGAUUUGGGUUGCCGACAAGAAAUUGGAGUGGAAGGAAGCGUGGAAGCAGAUAUGGCGCACUGAAAAGAAACUCGAGUGGAUACCGGAUAAAAAGCUCGCGUGGAAAGAAGCUUGGAAGGAAAUUCAAGUACCAGCGACCAAAGAAAUUUGGGUGCCAGGUUGGAAGAAGAUCUGGAAGCCAGUCUGGAUAAGCGAGUGGUUCCCAGCUGAAGAUCAUCAUCAUCCACACGGUGGAUGGGAGGAUCGCAAGGACGAUGGCGCAACGGAUGACCAACGACAGAGAUUAGCCCGUCAGAGUCAACCGUUACCAUUAGUUCAGCAACAGCCCCAGCAAUCAUUCCAGCAGCAAUCACUGCACCAGGAAUCGCAAGCAACGAGCCAAUUAGCCUCGAUAACUGAUGAUUUGGUACCACCCGCGUCAAAUCAACAGCCCACCUGGAAAUUUCCAGCUAGUUGAGAAAACACUGAAUACCCCAUGAGCUUGUACAAAGAACACUCAUUACGUACUGUAAUAUAAGCCGAUGUACAUACAUACUCAAUUUGAGAUUAAGUAGCGCAACAAAAACGCUAUUCCAAGAUGGAACCCCAAUUUUUACUUGGCGUUUGUCUCAGUUUUUUUUAUGUUAUUGAUUUAUUUUUUAUAAUUCUGUUUUUUUUUUUAUACGAAAGCGUUAAUUGUUGUCAUGAUUGUUGAAUACUGCCCGUUGCGAAUAAAAGUAUGGUAUUUUUUUGUUAAA